CUGGGGGUUCUGUGUAAAGAACUCCAGCAGAGAGCGCCGGGUAUCGGCGUAUCGAUUAUCUAUCAGUCUCUGAUGACUUACCUCUCUGCUGGGCUUGGCAGUGUUGCCAUAGCAACGCGGUCUUGUGGCGGGAGCAAUGGUGGGGGAGAUGGGAAUGGAAUAUGAAACCUUCCCAGGGAGAUGCAGUGUGAGUUAAGCUCCCCCGGAAGCUAAGACCUCCAAAGACAAAGAGGCUUACUCUGCAGACACCGAGGCUGAAGAUGGGCUCUCUUCACUGGGCUCGUGGGCCUGAGCAGCCCUGGAGUGCUGCUGGGUCUCUGUGGGGAUGGGCCAUGUCGAGGCUGCACCUGGACCGAACAACAAGGUUCUUUCAAGGAGAUGAAGAGAUGCUGGUUUUGACCCAGAGUGAUGAGUUAAACCGAAGUUACUGUGAGGACAACAGAUCAGCCUUUAACAACAUCACAAGCAAUAUUAAUCCACAUUUCGAUGACAUCAGAAUAAACAGCAGACCGUCAUCAAGAGAAGACAGACACAAAGAUGAGCCCUCUAUAGCAGCUCAUAACGGAGCCACCAGCCCCUUAGGAUGGGAAAGCCCAGCCUUUAAAGAAACCAGGGCUACUGUAAUCUCCACUGGAACCAAGACCUUCACCAUAACGUCCGCUGUCUCUACUGAAGACCCCUUUUGGUUGGAAAAUACCAGAAGCUAUGAAAAAGAAAGAAGAUUAUCUGAGCUGCAAGGUGACAAGAUGGGAAGCGAGAGUUGGGAGAAUCAAGGUUCCAGCCAGAACCAGAAGAAGAAGAACAAGAAGAAGUCCAUCAGACCAUCUGGGCUUCCUAGAGGGAAAGUGGUAAAAUGGAGAGUUUCAGGAGAUGUAGAGAAGAAUCAAGAGGGGGAGAAAACCGUAGAAGGGAUGUCUCAGCUCUGUACAAGCCUUGAAAAACAGAGUGGGAGUGGGAGCAUGAGUUUGGUUACUUCAGUUCAGAGCCCCGAAACCUGCACCAUGGGUCUGAACCCCUCUCCCACCAUCACAGCCUGGGAAGCCGGCUGGAACGUCACCAAUGCUAUACAGGGUAUCUUUGUGCUGGGUUUGCCCUUCGCCCUGGUGCAGUCAGGUUAUGUGGGUCUGGUCCUGUUGGUUCUUUCAGCGUGGGUCUGUAACCACACAGGAAGGACCCUGGUGUCCUGUUUAUAUGAAGAAGAAAUGAGUGGUGGGUCUGGGUCAGUUUCAAAGGUCCGGGUCCGAACCAGCUAUCAGGACAUUAUGGAGGCCUGCUGCAAAGGACUGUGGCCGAAUUGGUCUGGAGUUGGAGGUCUGAUGGUAAAUGUAGCUCAGGUCAUUGAACUUCUGAUGACCUGUACCCUCUAUCUACUUGUCUCUACAAGCCUGUUGUUUGACAGUUUGUCCUGGGUGGCUGUUCCUCGAUCAGUGUGUUCACUCGUGUCUCUGGUGUUUCUUCUGCCCUGCCUGCUUCUGACUGAUCUCAGACCAGUUUCCACUCUCAGCCUCCUCUGUUCCCUGGCUCACAUACUUAUCAGCCUAUUGGUCAUGCUGUACUGUUUGAGUUGCGCCAGCAGCUGGUCUUGGUCCUCUCUGUCUCUCUCUGUGGAUCCAGAAGACUUCCUCGUUUCUGUCGGUGUCAUCAUCUUCUCCUAUACCUCGCAGAUCUUCCUCCCUCCUCUAGAGGGUAGUAUGGAAGACAGGGGGCAGUUUAACAUCAUGCUGGGGUGGACCCAUGGAGCAGCUUGCAUCAUGAAGACUAUGUUUUCCUUACUGGCGGUGUUAACCUGGGGACCAGAAACCAGUGAGGUCAUCACAGACAAUCUACCCUCUGACCUACGACCUCUAGUCAAUUUGUGCCUGCUGGCUAAAGCCCAACUGUCCUACCCUCUGCCAUUCUAUGCUGCUGCUGAAAUACUGCAAACAUGUGUGCUCAGAGAUGCUGCCAUGUCGUCUUACUCCAAACACAGAGGUCAAGCUGUAUCUCGUCCUGCACUUGUGGUCCGCGGCGCCUUGUUGAUGACAUCAUACUUGCUGGCUUUGCUGGUGCCCAGGUUCUCCCUGUUGAUGGGUCUGACAGGGAGCGUGACCGGGGCGGCAAUGACACUCAUACUGCCGUGUUUAUUUCACCUUAGACUGCAGUGGAGCCGCCUUACUGUGAAGGACCGACUGAUAGAUGUGGGUAUUCUGAGUCUGGGGGUCAUCUGUAGUGUGUCUGGUGUGAUUUGUUCAGUGAAAAGGCUACUGGAAGGCCUAUAGGAGGUGAAGAUGGAUAAAGGCAAAAAUUUGCUAAUAGCUUAAGUCAGUCACGUUAAAGAACAGCUGCGAGUUCUUCUUUGUAUUUAUUCCUGGAUUAAAAUAUUGUAUGAGCAAAUAUUUUCCCUUCUGUACUUGUCAAACAUAGUUUACAGUACAAAUAAAAAUAGGCACGCUGUUUUUCAUUUUCUGUUAGUCUUAAAAGGCUUGUAAGGUAUAUUAGAAUCCAAUAAAUGUACAAAUUGUACUUUUUUUUCUUUUUCUCCUUUUUUGUUUGUUCAGAAAACUGUCAAUGAAGAAUAAUGUACAAAGGACUGGCCUCAAGGGCCGGUGUCCUGCAGGUUUUAGAUGUGUCCUUAAUGCAACACAGCUAAAUUACCUCUUCAACAUGUCUUGAAGUUCUCCAGAGGCCUGGUAAUGAACUAAUCAUUUGAUUCAGGUGUGUUGACCCAGGUUGAUAUCUAAAACCUGCAGUAAAAGGACUGGAAUGAAUGAAAAUGAGCGAAAAAGCAGCCUGUGGCCAAAGAAAAAGCCUGAAGAACUAUUGCUCAAAACCACAUAAAAAUUAAAGAAAGUCUGGCUCACUGGCAAGAAAUUAAAAAGAAAUGACGGGUGACUCGAGACAUUUGCACAGUGUUGUACAUACAUUUUGAAUUGUUACUCAGAGCAUUGAUGUAAAGUUAAGAAGACCAUGUCCAGUUGAUUCUAGACAAAACUGAUAUUGUGACCUUUCUGUUGUUAGAUCUGCUAGAUUAUAAUCUGCAUGUAGGUGAAAAAAUAUAGAAGUGUAAAUGCAAUAUAUAUAUUAUAUUGAAACCUCUUAUAUAGAUCAUCUAUAUCAGUGUAUGUGCAUGAUGUGAUCUUCAGUGUUGAAUGUGUGUGAAUAAAAUUCAU